AUGAUGGAACCAAAGAAAGUGGCGAUCAUCGGAGCCGGAAUAAGCGGACUAGCGGCUUGCAAAUUCAUUCUAUCUAAAGGAUUGAUCCCAAUUGUGCUCGACGCUAGAGGCACCAUUGGCGGCGUUUGGAACGAGACGCUUAAGUCGACGGUUACACAGACUCCUAAACACAUGUUCCAGUUCUCCGAUUUCCCUUGGCCGAAAUCGGUGACUGAAGACUUUCCGAGGUGUAACCAAGUUCUCGAUUACCUCAAAUCUUAUGCCGAACAUUUCGGGUUGUUCGAGUACAUCAGACUCAACACCAAAGUCCUCAGUAUCGACUACGAAGGCUUCUCCGAUGAGGAGAUUGAAGCUUGGACUCAUUGGGGCGGCUCCGGCAACGCCUUUUCUGAACGGAGUAAAUGGAAGCUCAAUGUCGUUGACGCUCGAACUAAUGUUCCGCUCCAGGAGGUUGUGGCAGAUUUCGUAGUAGUCUGCACUGGAAAAUUCGGCGAGAUUCCAAAUAUCCCCGAAUUUCCUCCCAAUGAAGGCCCCAAAGCUUUCAAAAACGGUAAAGUUCUUCAUUAUAUGCAAUAUGCCACCAUGGAUUUCGACAGUGCUAUGGAGCUCAUCAAGGACAAGGAAGUUGCCAUCGUCGGUUUUCAGAAGUCCGCUUUGGAGCUUGUCAAGGAAUGUACCAAUGUAAAUGCCCCUAACAAACCCUGCACUCUACUUUACAAAACUGAGUACUGGAACCCUCCUGAUACUCGUCCCUGGGGGAUUUCUGUCGAUCUUCUCUUCACGAGUCGAUUUUCCGAGCUUCUAAUUCAUAAACCUGGCGAGGGUUUCCUUCUCUAUCUCCUCGUCAUUCUUCUUUCCCCACUAAGAUGGUUGCUCACGAAGGCCGUGGAAACCCACGUGAAGAGGAAGGUAAAUUUAGCCAAACACGGGAUGGUGCCGAAGCAUAGCUUAUUACGAGACAUCAGUUCUUGUAGAUAUGCAGUAUUGCCUGAUAAAUUCUAUGACAAAGUGAACAAAGGAAGUAUAAUUUUGAAGAAAGCACCCAGUUUCAGCUUCUGUAAAGAGGGUAUCAUGAUCAAAGGAGAAACCAAACCGAUUCGCUCAGAUUUGGUCAUUUUAGCUACUGGAUACAGAGGAGAUUUAAAGCUUAAAAAUAUUUUUACUUCCUCUACAUUUCGGGAUUACAUGAGUUUUGGCGAUUCAGCAAUUCCCUUGUACAGGCAAUGUAUUCAUCCCAGAAUCCCACAACUCGCUAUGGUUGGAUUUACAGAAAGUGCUUCAAACUUGUUCACCACAGAGUUACGAUGUCGAUGGUUGGCGGAGUUUCUUGGUGGCACAUUCAAGCUACCAAGCAUCAAGGAGAUGGAGAAGGACAUAGGUGACUGGGAUAAGUGUCUGAAGCUUUACUCAGGCCCUUCCUACAAGCGAGGUUGCAUCGGCAUGCUUCAUCAUUGUUACAGUGAUCAGGUGUGCAAGGACAUGGGGUGGAACCCCAGAAGGAGAAAGGGCUUCUUUGCUAACUGGUUUAUCCCUCAUGGCCCUUUAGACUAUGCCUCCCCUUGAUAGUUAGAACAAGUAAACCUUAUACUUAUACUACGCAUUAAAAGUUGUGUUGCAAUUUCAGCACCUCCAUUUGGUGGUUCUGGUUAGUCGAAGUUGUUCUCUCUCUCUCUAUUUCCACUUCCUUUUGAAGCAAAUUAAUAAAGAUUGUAUAAGAUAUGAUAUGCUAUUUCUAGUUUAUCUAUUUGAGCUUAUUGAA